AACUCUGCUUGUGGUGCAUGAACUGAUGAGAAACUGCUGCUAUUUCAAUCAGCCGGAGGGACCCUUCGUCUUCCCCGUGUUACAAGCAAUCCUGCAUUACAGCUGGAUCGUACGUCGUCGUCGUUGUCGUCUACGGCGCCGGCGAGAUUGAUGCCAGCUUAUAAUCAUCUCCGGCGUGUGAUAGAUUGAGCCUGAUCCACUCUGCUUCUCCGAUCCUCUCCGGCCUCUCGCGAAGCAAGGUGAUUAUCUCCAGAAGAUCUUGGUAACACGGAGAAGUUACAAAUUGAACUAUGAACCCAGCUGAUUUAACAUACCAACUAUUAGAAGAAAUUACAGAUGGAUUCUCCGAGGAGCGAAGGCUUGGUAGAGGUGGAUUUGGAACAGUUUAUAAGGGAGUGCACAAAAAUGGAGAUCAAAUUGCAGUGAAGAUUCUUCAUAAUGAUACGGAAGGAAUUGAUGAUACACAAUUGAACAAUGAGUUUGAUAACCUUACAAGGUUCAAGCAUCCAAACAUUGUACAGUUGGUUGGAUACUGCUAUGAUGUAAAAUAUAUACCUACAGAGGUCAAUGGAAGAAAAGUUUUUGUUGCAAGAAUAUGUAGAGCGCUCUGCUUAGAGUUUAUGCCUCGAGGGAGCCUUGACAACCAUAUUUCUGAUGAAAUUGAUGGCCUUGACUGGCCUAUACGGUACAAAAUUAUUAAAGGGACAUGUGAGGGUUUGAAAUAUCUCCAUGUGGAACUGAAGCCACCUAUAUACCAUUUGGACCUAAAGCCUGCCAAUAUAUUGCUGGACAGCAACAUGGUGCCGAAAAUUGCAGACUUUGGUUUGUCCAAGAUCUUCAGUGAUGGGAAAACCAAGGUCUCACAAACGCUUGGCUGGACACCUGGUUACCCGCCACCAGAAUUCCUACAGGAGAAAAAAGUAUCAAACAAGUUUGACAUAUUCAGCUUGGGUGUUGUAAUGCUACAGAUAAUUGCAGGACCUACGGGACGUGCCCAAAGUGAUGAUACUUCUUCCCAGGAAUUUACUGACAGAGUAGUAGGGAACUGGAAAAACAGGCUACAGAAAAGAAGGGAUGGUUCCUUGCUGGAAGCAUAUUGCCAACAAGUGAAGACAUGCACUGAGAUAGCACUGAAAUGCCUGGAGACUGAUAGAGAAAAAAGGCCUACUAUAGUGGAAAUCAUCAGUGAGAUUAAUGAGAAAGAAGCUAUCUUUGGCGAGCUGCCGGUAGACCAUGUCUUGGAGGAGCUACCCUCACACAAGGAGUCUAUCAGCCUUGAGAGCAGUUUCUCAAGCCAUUUGAACUUAAAUGGCACCAAACAAAACCAAGAAGCUGAUCAUCAUAACAAGGAUGGCUCUUGUUCCAAAGAGAAAGAGGAGGACCAUCAGGAAGACCAGAUCAUCCCAAUGGAAAAUCCUGAUGUUCCGAUAGAUGUGCAUCCAUCGGAGCCAUGGAUUUUGACGAGCAAUAUGUUUGGCUCAGUUGAUAUCUUGAACUAUAAUACGCAGGAAACAAUGAACCUGAUUCAAGGCUCAUAUGGACCAAUAGUUACAGCAGCCAAGUUCAUCGCACGAAAGCAAUGGUUUGUGGUUGGACAUCACGAUGGUUUCAUAAGAGUUUACACGUAUGAGUCCCCAGUAAAGCAAGUGAAGAGAUUCAAGGCUCAUACAUGGAACAUCACUUGUUUGGAUGUCCAUCCAACUGAACCUUAUGUGCUGUCAGUGGGCUCACAAGACCAGAUCAAGCUGUGGGACUGGAACAAGGGCUGGGAGUGCAUCAAGGCAUUUGACAGUGGAUUAGCAUAUCAAAUAAAAUUUAACCCCAGGGAUGCACAUAAAUUUGCUGUUGUAAGCUUGAUGGAUGCACAGGUUUGGAAUAUCCGUUCUUCCCGUCAAGAAUCCACAUUUUCUGGGCAUGGAUCAGUGGUGAAUUGUUUUGAUUACUUCACUCACGGCAAUCAGCUGUACAUGAUAACUGGUUCAUGGGACAAAACGGCCAAGAUUUGGGACUGCCAGAGAAGGACUUGUGUGCAAACACUUGCAGGACAUACGGACUGUAUUACCUGUGUUUGUUUCCAUCCAGAUCUUCCUAUACUACUUACAGGUUCAAAUGAUGAGACAGUUCGUCUGUGGAACUCUACUACCUUCAAGCUUGAGGGUGUACUGGAUUUUGAGCUUGGAAAAGUUACCGCUAUAGUUUGUUUGAAGGGUUCAAAACGGGUUGUGAUUGGACAUGAUGCUGGAUUAGUAAUUACUGAAAUUCGACAUGGACAGCCAGGCUCCAGCAACAAGUAAGGAUAUUCAAACUGCUGGGGUUCAGGCAAACUGGAUUGGUGUAGAGGAGACUUGAACCAUCAAGACCUGAAAAUCGGAGGCCAUGAUCAGGAAAAGCAUUGCAAUCUGCUGUAGCAGAUAUCUAUGUACUCUCAUGCUUCACAUGCUUACUACUAUGUUCUACUCGUAUUUUUCAUAUUUUCCCCUCGCAAAGUUUUCAUCUAAUUUGAACCGGCUGAUGCAAUCAGCAUUGUAGCAUUUGCUCAUACUGCGUUUUGUUCACCAAAUUUGAUGCAGUGUUGUUGUUCCCUUUCCGUCCCUGAUUAACUGCACAUUGAUAGUGAUGCACAUAUAUAAG